CAAGGUCAAGCAAGGGCACUGACCUCCAGGAACUCUUGACCAGGGUCCGUUUCAGUUUAUGUCCACUAACUGUCGCCUGUAUGCUGGGGACCAAAUGAAUGCGGCAAUGUAAAGUGACAUUUAUGCUGUUGGAAUUCACGGACAUUUUUACAGAAUCCAACAUGACUGAGACUUAACCAAAACGAUGUUUCUGACCAAAGCCAAGGAAACCGUCCACCUGUGGUCUGACGCCAAACUUCGUUACGUCCACUGCGCCGGACUGUGGAUCGGAUUCUGGUUGACCAUCGUGUCCGUCGUCCUUCUGGUGACCCUCUCCGGCGUCUAUGCUAAGGGCUACUUUGAUAUGCAGGCCUUUAAGAGACUGAGGUGCACGGUAUGGGACAUAUACUAUCGAUUGGACGAGGUGAAGUGUACUGGGUGUCAGCGCCACCUGGUUGUUAAUGACACGGUGGUGUGCGCACGUGACCGGAACCACACUUUGCCCUGUCUGCUGGUGGUCGUAACGUAUAACGCGGGAAAUGGCACGCAGAAGGGGUAUCUCUAUGACGACCUCGUGGCUAUGGAUUCAACGUCCAGGUCUAAGUGCUCCUACACCCCUGCCUGCCAGGAAGACCCAACCAAGGAAUGGACAAAUUUACGUCACUUCCGGGACCAAUAUGACGCACUGGGGUCAUCUUUUGAGUGCUACCAAAAUCCUGCAAACGUGUCACAAUUUAUAAGCCACGUCGUAUGCAGCGAAGCCUGUGCCGUCAACGUAAUACUGUGGCCUUUGCUUCUUACCAUCGCCUCCUUCGUCCUGUGUCUUCUUGGCAUUCUUUCCGGCGAAGAGCAAGACCGAAGAGAGCAGUUUGUGAGAAAAAAGAGGGCCCCCUGUCGGGGUUGGGUACCCGGAUGCACAGCCUCUAACAGCGUGCCCUCUGUCAGCACUAUGAGCUCUACCUUGUCUGUUCACACCGCGGCGUCAUCGCGGGCAUUAGACUCCACGUCGCAUAAGUCUAUAAUAAGCGCGUAUUCGGAGACGCCUGUGUGACGUUACAUUACCAUGUGACUAUCCGUCAAAAAGACAAUCGGCAAUCCUCGGCUCAUUCCGCAAGCUCCAUACAUUGUCGAGUGCGGAGACAUCCGAGUAGUUCCGAGUGUCAAAACGAAUGAUCAACCAAAGCUUGUGUGAGAUAUAGUCUAUAGAUACUAUUAACCUUCCUUUUCUGUAUUAUACAUUCAUGUACCUUAAAGUUCAUGCCAGCUUUCAAACACCACUGUUGUCCUUCUCAAACAGAUGAUAAAUACAGUUACGGUGGGUGGGGUGGGGGUAACUGAUGCACUUGGCAUUAUUUUACCACAAAGAAUGAAGCUGUAAGGGGUCAUCAUCUUUCGCAGCUUCUGGAGGGGGUGGGCCAGACAACGAAGCUGAUUAUUUUAAGUGCACAUAAGCAAGAAUCCCCGCAUAGAUAGAUCGAUUCUACUGAUUCGAUAACUUAAAAUCUGAACACAACCCAAAUAUGAUACAUACAGUGUAUGCACGAGGAUACGGCAUUCCUGCGGCACCUGGCGGCAGUGCCAAGUCCUGCACCAAAGAGAGCAAAAAAAAGGACGAAAUGUUCACAUUCGAGGUAGCCUAAAAAAAGCCCAAAACUUAUCAUUUUAAAUUUAAUAAUACAGUGAAUAUACGAUCCGAGCAUAAAGAAAUAUCAAUUUAUUUACAUCCGUUUACAAGUACAGUACAUGUAUGUAUUACAUAAGCGAAACCCCGUGUCAAUAGCGUUCUUACUACACAAAUGCAUGUAUGAUAUAUUAUUAAAUAAAA